CUAGAAUUCUCUUAUGUAUUGAUGACGCUAAAGAGUUUCGCCCGCGACAUCGCAACCCCAUUUCUCAAUUCUCAAUUUUUAGUUAUUCGCCUCCUCAGCCACCUACACAUCCUCCACAAAUCACACUCUUAGUAAACCUUCCUGUCAAUGUAAUAACUCUAUCUCGAUCCUUUAUCCUAGAUCCAAACAGCCUUUUAAUUCACUGCAUCGAGCUGCGAUAUAAAAGCGCCCCCGGGACAACCGGGCUAGGCGCAUAAGACAAUGAGCAUGAUGGCUUCUAACCACACAUUCGGCGGACACAACCACGAUCGAUUAGGAGACGGCGAGGACGCUUUUGUAGGGCAGACGAUGGUUUCGUCGCAGGAUGACGGUAGCGACGGUGUGGAUAUUUCGGUGGGCCAGAAGAUGAUCUCCGCCAUUUCUGGCAGUCUUUUGACCUCGCUACUUGUCACUCCUUUAGAUGUUGUCCGAGUCCGAUUACAAUCGCAAGGUUCGUCGCAGCCCGUCACAGAGUUCCAGAAGCUUGCAAUUUCGUCACCUAGUGCUUUUCGGCCUUCGAACCUUGGAGUUACUGCGUGCUGUCGAGAAGUGUUCUUCAUGAAUAACAAUGCCGAAGUCUGCGUCGCCGGUGGUCCCAUCGAAGGCCUAGCUACGUCAGAAUGCGCCGUAGAGGAAGUACAGAAGAGAACAUUUAACUCGACCUUCGACGGCAUGAAAAAGAUUGCGCGCCAUGAGGGGUUUACGACUUUAUGGAGAGGUCUCUCGCCGACCUUGGUCAUGGCUGUUCCGGGCAACAUCAUCUAUUUCACAGGUUACGAAUGGCUACGAUUCAACAAAGCAAGUCCUGUCAACAAACUCACCAAGGACGAUUAUGCGCCCCUAAUAGCGGGUUCCUUCGCACGAACCAUCGCCGCCGCCGUAGUAGGUCCCAUCGAGCUAUUCAGGACGCGGCUCCAGGCAUCUCCGGGCUCGACCGCAACGGGUCAUCUAGCAAAUACCUUCAAGGGCAUUCGAAAAAUGGUAAACGAGAAUGGGUACCGUUCUCUUUGGCGGGGUCUAACACUAACUCUUUGGCGAGACGUUCCCUUUUCGGGAAUGUACUGGUUUGGCUACGAGACUAUCAGGGGGAAGCUCACUGAUAUACGCGAAGAGCGGCAAGGUCGAUCUCUAACUCGAGAUGACCACGGCUCAAAGACGGGAGCAAGGAAGCGAUCGCAGAGCAGAGAAGGCCGCACAGCAACUUUCAUGGAUGCUUUUACUGCAGGUGCUCUUUCGGGUGCAGCUGCGUCGUUGGCGACCAUGCCGUUUGACGUAGGCAAAACCCGUAGACAAGUCUUUCACGAUGCAACAAACAAGGCUUUACCAGUAACAGAGAAAGGUCUGGCUCCAGAGACUCAGCCGAUGCUGAAAUUCCUAUGGCACAUAUAUUCCACGGAAGGCUUGGCGGGACUCUGGAAGGGAUGGCUACCUCGUACCCUCAAGGUUGCGCCAUCCUGCGCCAUCAUGAUUAGCAGCUACGAAGUUGGAAAACGGGUUUUCAGGAGUAUGAACGAAAAGAAAGCCUUAAAACAGCAGCAGGGUGAAGCUGGCGAGCCUUGAUGUGUAUCACGAUCUCUCCCCUCUCAAUUCUGAUUUUUGCAUUAGCAGGCGUUGUUUUACUAUGAUACCUUAUUCAGAGGCUGAGGGAACUGGGACCAAAAAAGGGUUGGAUUGCAUUAAGAGAUGACGAUUUCAUAUACCGGAAUGAUUCUGUAUACUACCAACCUACCUCAUGCCGCUCAUGUUACGGGAGAGAAGAACAAGGAGAAGGGAAGAGAAAAAAGCAAGGAUAUGAUAGAUCACAACUCACCGUAGGUCUCGACGAGUCCUGGAUGAAUAAUAUGCACAUUACGGUAAACCGGCCUGACCGGUCUAGAGUCCUGACGAUCGAUACAUACGACGUAUGCAUGAUCUUUGCUUUUGCUAGCUCUUACUCCAAUUUUAGUCAACCAUACAAUGCUUUUACCGAGUUGAUCUAUCACUUUUUGGAGCUUCAAUGCGCUGAAAGCUAGCAUCGCACAAGCCACUUUACGCGCUGCGAAUUUCGCGUCAUUAGGGGCUUUAGCGGCAGACGCGUCUCCAAACGCGCCUCAUGUGAACCCCCAUUUUAUGUAGCUUAUUAAUUUUCUGCUUCCCGACCUUGAUUUUUUAACAAUCCAAU